CAUCGCUUUGGUUUGGGACAAAAAAAUAAAGACAUUCACUUGGAAUAGCUGGAAUUAUCCAAAUAUGGUUCACUGUGCCGGCUGCGAAAGACCUAUUCUGGACAGGUUUCUACUCAAUGUUCUGGACAGACCAUGGCACAUCAAGUGCGUACAGUGCUGUGACUGUAAAUGCAAUUUGACAGAAAAAUGUUUUUCACGGGAAGGGAGGCUGUACUGUAAAAACGACUUUUUUAGGAGAUUUGGCACAAAGUGUGGAGGUUGCGCCCAGGGAAUCUCGCCCAACGAUUUGGUUCGAAGAGCAAAGAGCAAAGUGUUUCACCUGAACUGUUUCACGUGCAUGAUGUGUAACAAACAGCUAUCUACUGGAGAGGAAAUGUACAUUUUAGAUGAAUUUAAGUUUGUUUGUAAAGAGGACUACCUAAGCAACAGCAACGGAAAGGACACAACCCUGCUCUCAGUCACGACCUGCAGUGACCCAAGUCUAUCUCCAGAUUCCCAAGACCCACAGGAUGAUGGUAAAGAUUCGGAAAUCGGGCCUUUAUCCGAUAAAGAGGUGGGCAGCAAUGAAAACGAUGAGCAGAACGUAGGGGGGAAACGACGUGGGCCUCGAACAACUAUAAAAGCCAAGCAACUUGAGGUCCUCAAAGCUGCUUUCACGGCCACGCCAAAACCCACAAGACACAUUCGAGAACAGCUGGCGCAGGAGACAGGUCUCAACAUGAGAGUGAUCCAGGUUUGGUUCCAAAAUCGGCGGUCUAAAGAGCGGCGCAUGAAGCAGCUGAGUGCACUGGGGGCGAGAAGGCACUCGUUCUUCCGCAGUCCAAGGAGAAUGAGAACUCUGGUGGACCGACUCGAACCCGGGGAGCUGGUCCCCAACGGCCAUUUCUCAUACUAUGGUGAUUAUCAGAGUGAAUACUAUGGACCUGGAGGAAAUUUUGAGUACUACACCCAAGGCCCCCCCUUGUUGCAGGCCCAGACCCCAGUGGACCUAGGCUUCUCCUCUGGCCCUGCUGGCACCCCUUUAGGUGGCAUGGACCAUCACCUGGCUGGGCACCACCCAUCUGGUGAGGUGCAGUGCUUCACUGACAUCAUAUCUCACCAUCCAGUGGACUCGCCUAGCCCCGAGCCCAACGGACCCGGGUCAAUGCACAGCAUCUCCAGUGAGAUGUGUGGCGUCAGCACACCCUUCACCUCACUGUCCAUCAACGGCAGUGGAUACAGCAACCAAUUGUCACACCCCUCCUCAGAGAUGAGCGAAGGCACUGUCUGGUAG